AUGUCUGAUAAUCAUAAAAUUUGGAAAUAUUAUACUGUCAAUAUUGAUGAUGAAUCUCUUAAAUGUAAUGAUUGUGUAAAUUAUCAUUAUGCAGCAAAUAUACUAAUUUCAACUUUGAAAAAUUUUCAACAAAUUAUCAAUGAAGAAACUCUUGCUGAAGAUGAAGAAGAUUUCACAGAUAUCGAAAAUUCUGAAAGUAUCAUAGAAGAUGAUAAUGUCAUUAAAUAUACUGUGAAAAAAAAUUCAGAACCAAUUAUUUUUCCUUGUGAAACUCCUAUUGACAGAAUCAGAGUUGAGGGUGAUAGAGAAUUCACAGCUACUUUUAGACGUAACUCUGUUACAGUUAAAGGAGAACAAUGUACAAUCUUUUUAAAAAAAGAAUAA